AUGGAAGCUGCACACGAAUGUCAGAAGAGAAAGGGAGGUAAGGGGCUGGGGAAGGGAGGAGCGAAGCGCCACCGUAAGGUCCUACGCGAUAACAUCCAGGGUAUCACAAAGCCGGCGAUUCGACGCCUUGCUCGCAGGGGAGGAGUGAAGCGUAUCAGCGGCUUGAUCUACGAGGAAACCCGUGGAGUUCUCAAGAUCUUCCUGGAGAACGUCAUUCGCGACGCCGUGACCUAUACCGAGCAUGCUAGGAGGAAGACCGUGACCGCCAUGGAUGUGGUUUACGCACUCAAGAGGCAGGGUAGGACUUGUAUGGAUUUUGGCGGUUAGAUGAGUUUAGGGUUUUGGGGCUUGGGUUCUGUU